ACUUUUCCUUUGGGGUUUUCAUACGAACACCAUAAGCGCAAUUCUCUCGACUGAGCGAUCCCGCCGAUCCACGAUGAGGCGAUCGGUCUUCACCCUCCGCGUCGCUCUGUCCACCGUCAUGCGCCCUGCCGCUUCCGCCCGCCUCUCCACUGCCUCAGCUCCUCACAAGCCCACCGAGCGCGUUUCCUCCAUCGUCGACGAGAUCUCUCGGUUAUCCCUCCUCGAGGUUGCCGACCUCACAGAGGCACUCCGUGUCCGGUUGGGCGUCCAGCAGAUGCCCGUCAUGGCCAUUUUGAACCCUGGCAUGGGUGGGCCCGCUGCCGCCUUCCCCGGUGCUGGAGCCGCUGCUGUGCCGGAGGAGAAGAAGGAGGAGAAGACGGCCUUCGAUCUGAAGCUGGAGAGCUUCGACGCGGCCUCCAAGAUCAAGAUCAUCAAGGAAGUCAGAACUUUCACGGACCUGGGACUCAAAGAGGCUAAGGAACUCGUGGAGAAGGCUCCAACCGUACUGAAGACUGGGGUGCCGAAGGAAGACGCGGAGAAGAUUGUGGAGAAGCUGAAACAAAUUGGUGCUAAAGUUGUGUUGGAAUGAGGCAGAAGGUUAGGAAGAUUCACCUCGUUCUUCAUGGUUCUACCCCAAAGAAAUAGUUCUUUGACUUUGAGCUAUUAAGUGAAGAAGCACAGGCAGAGUAGCUAAGUGGAAGAGAUACCUCUGGAACAUCUACUGAAACGUGCAGAAUAUGAAUUUCUAGUUGCUGCAUAGAUUUCGGAGAAUCCUAAUUUUGUUUGUUCCUGUGGAGAAUUCUAGAGUGUUUCAAAAAUUUCAAUUUCUCAAGAAUGUGUCUUGACAUUCCCAAACUUUGCCAUACUUCCCUAGCUUGUUUGGUUGGCUUAUAGCCGGGCCGAUCCAUCUGAGAAACCUAUGGUUUAUUUCUAUUUAUUUUAAUAUUUUCAAUUCACUUCUCA